AUGACCUCGAGCAGCCCCAGCCCACGAACAGGACAUAAAUCCGGUUCUCCGUCGCCGUCCUCCAGGCGGAAUAUAAGAACAAACAACGAUAUCAGGGACAGACCCGCGUGGCAGAAUGUGCCGCUCCCGAUGCCCGCGCGGCACAAGCUCCGACCGCCAGACGGCCUAGACAUGCCGGUGAAGCCGUUGCCGGGGGAAAAGAAUCCGGACUACGAAGCGGUUCCGUCGCGGGUGCUCGAGCGGCUACACGACCCGGCGAACUGGUUCCAGCCCGCUGGUAUGCAUUGCAAAAGAAGUAUCGUACUAGUAGUAUAAAUCGCAAUACAAAUUGGCUCUAGCAUUACAGAUUAAAUUUGUAUAUGCUGACUUACCUUGACAAGUAGAUUUGUAAUGCACAACUGCGAUCAGGAUCACAGUACGAUAGUUUUGCACAGGAUAGCUAGCGGUGCGGGCGCCACCCGGACGACUCGCUCUCCGACGGCCUUCAGCAAGCGGCGGGCCGCUGCCGGAGAAGGCGGGAAGGAUGUUGUCGAGACGGACGGGGGCUAUUUCUUGCCUUUGCUGGUCUCUGGGUCAGCCUCAAUUUCCUGCACAUCUCCGUCUGCGAGAUUUAAAUCUCCACAUCAUGAUUAUCCUGCCGGUCAUGGUACAGCUCUGAGCCCUGGAGGUUCUAGUGGUAGACGUACAUCGCCGACCUCGCCGUCCCCAUCCAAUCGUGUCCUCGCCGCGCGAAAGAUAUGCUGUGCAAAAGUUGUAUCGUACUCGUAUAAAUGCAUUACAGCAUGAGAAAAAAUUUGUAAUGCGGAUUUGGCUUAAGAACAAGAAAAACAUUUGUAAUGCAUGGCUGCAAUUACUACGAGACGAGUGCGAAAGCGAAUGCGAUAUAUACUUUUGCACUUGAUAAAAGAGCGAGUUGUUUUCGCGCAUGAAGGCGGACACCGCGGGGCAAUUGCUGAGUCUGCAGCUCUGUCUGUUAGAGGGAGUGCACGGAGGUGGUCUUAGGGAGAUCAUGGUUGCGAUGGCAUCGCCGUCGAACAUGAACAGCAGGGCGGCCAUUUCGAGUAAAAAUCCCUCCACAGCCACUACUACAUCCAGGAAGGAGAUGUUGGCGGCAAGAAUCGCACGGCUGCAGGCGGAAGUGCACAGGAAACUUGUAGGACGAGUGAAUCAUGCUGCUGACGAUCACGUGAAGAUGCACCAAGAAGCGGAGGUCUCCUCGCAUUCGCAGCCAAAAUUUGAUGCGGAUAUUGAUCAUUGUGCAGCUGGCAUAACUGGCAAGAAAAGCACGAAAAUAAAAUCAUCCUCCGAAAAGGAACAGGAAAAAAAGCAACCACAGAAGCAGGAUUGGGGCCUUCCGAUCCACCACUUUCAGAAUUCGCUGCGCGGAGCAUCAUCUCCAACGAGCGGUACGACUGCGAAAGAAGAAAACUCGCCGCGCCGUGGUCAAUCUUCCUCAGAAACGUCGAAAACGAAAAACAAAAAUCCUCUUGUCAACAAGCUUGCGCACAGGUACACCGGUGCAGCUGCCAUUUCGGGACAAUUGAAACGGAUUCUGUUUGGGACGAAAGGUACGAAGCAAGAAGCAGCUAAAAAUGAACUUGAAGCCACCGCCCGCGUGGAAGAGAGGCGACAUCAUCCGGGUGGCGAAGGGAGUCACGGAGAAGGACAAAUCAACGGCGAUGUUUUGUGUCCGCCGGGUCAUUUAGUAUUCGGACAGCAACAGGGGCCACAGGCACAGAGACAGACACAUCCAAUACAGGAGCCUGCGCAUCCGCAUUUCUUCUUCCAACAGGAGGUGUUUUUCCUGGAUUGCCGCGCGUCAUCUAUUUCACCACCGGAGCAGGCAGCAGAUCAUUACAACAGUUUUGACCAUCAAAGGAGCAAGAAAACGACAACUUCCAGCACUUCAUCUCCACCAGCAGGACUGAAGAAACCCCCAAGCCCAACCACGACCAGAAUCCGUGGUUCCUUUGUCCUCUCGGACGCCGCGCUUUACCGGGGCCAGUUCCCCAACUGGCUCAUCGACUUGCGAUCCCGGCAGUGGCACCACACCGCGAAUGAUUGGGAGCUUCCCCUCGUGCUCGUUGCGCAUGACACCGACGCGGCGGGCGCCGGUGUCGCGGAUCUGCUCGUGCAACAGGGCUUUCGGGAGGUUUGGCUGGUAACCGCUGUGGAAGAGAUGUGUCGGAAAUUUGGGAAUUUGUUAGAGAUGGUCGGUGAGAAUGAGCAGAUCAUGUAUGCGUGCUAACGCUACAGAAUGACGAGGAUGUGGUGAAGAAGAAGAAGGUCGCUUCUGUAGUAGCUUCUGCGGACAUAAAAAGUAAUCGUCGUCAUCCCGUGAUCUAAUAUAUCAUCAUCAUGUAUGACCCUCCCUAGUGAGAGCGCGCGGGCCGCGUCGAAAUUGUUCCUUCCAGCCGCAGAAAGACCACUGCGAAGUAGAACAUGCGUACAAGGAGCGAAGCAGGAGCAGCACGAUUUUGAUC